AUGACUAUCCCACCUGUUGAGCCCGUAUUUUCUCCUUCCUCUACAUCAGGCGCUCUGAGCACCGAACGCAGAGACGUCAGGAAAUUCGUGCAAGCUAUCCAAAAUCCCAAAGAAGGCGGUUUCAUCUUAUCUGCUCAUCGAGGAUGUAGAUGGGAUGGCAUCCCCGAGAAUAGUCGUAGCUCAAUCAAAAACGCAGUCGAUAAAGGUAUGAUUUGCGUUGAGAUUGAUAUUAGACUUACAUCAGAUAAUGUUCCUGUGCUCUUCCACGAUCCUACUUUGGGUAGAUGUACCGAUAUUGCUGAGUUCAAGGGUAGAGAUGACCCGUACUCACCCUUCACAGGAAAAGGCUACAGUCCUUUGAUCUCUGAAACUCCUUGGAAGGGAGUCAUAGAGAAUUUGAGAUUGAAAGAAGAACAUGGUGAGAUAUGCAAAGAGGGCGUAUUGGAUUUCAAAGCUGUAUUCGACUAUAUCGAAGAAGAGGGACUCGAUAUUGUCCUCUUUAUGGAUAUUAAAUGUAAAGAGGCGAUUCCUAUCAUGUACGAUAUCUUGAAAGAUCGAAAAAACGCUGCCGGUGUAUCCGCUCUCGAAUGGUGUGUCUGGAAAGUCUUUGUUCACAUGUAUGGACAUCCUGAUGAACUCGCCAACGAACCUUGGUGGCAGGAAGCGAACAAGAUUGGGAACCCAUUAUAUAUCCCUGUUUACGAGCCUUGGCCUACCAGACAGUUGUCGGAUCCUUUGUCAUCGAUCAAAGCAUUCUCACAUCAUUCUAAUGUGAUAGCUCUUGAAAUUGGACUUCGUGCUCCUGGUGGAUUCGGACAGGAACUAUUAGAUUAUGCUACUUCUCCUGAAUGUCCAAUCCAGAGUUUAGGAUUCUUUGCUGCUCUUGGAGAUCUUUGGCAAUGGGAUCACAAGGAAAUCAAAUUCGAUACGGGGGAUUAUGCUAUUCCUUGGAGAUUAGAGGGGCAAUUUUCCCAUUCACUUUUCAAGAUUGAUCAUCCACCUCAAACUCAUGAUGCGAUAUUACUCGAAGGUGAUUCACCCGACGGACAUGAUUAUCGAGCUGAUCUAGCUUUGUAUAAGAAGUUGGGUUUCACCUGGACUAUCACUGAUCGAGGAGAUGAACUAAGGGAUAAGGGUUUGGUUACUCAAUAA